AUGGCCACCAACGCGUCGACGCAGUCCGGGAGCAAACGAUGGACACACUUUCAUUCAGCAUUGCAGCUCGCAAUACAACGAGUCUCCCAUAAAUGGACAUAUGAGGACUUCACGGAAUGCUUCCCGCAAUACUGUGAGAAACAACCCGAGGUCUCGUCCUCGCUGCAUACAACGCUUGCUCGGCACAUGGAAGCACAGAUAUCUGCUGCAGCAGAUGAACUGCUGGCUGAAUAUAACGCAAAGGAGAAGAUCGAUAUCCUGCACGCAGUGGUUACGGAGGCUCGUGCCCGGAGACAUAUGGGUGGCGGAGAGGCGAAGAGGAAAGACCUAUGGCGAGAAGAUCUGCAACCCAGACAGGCUGUCCGCGCACGCACGAUACCCGUGCUGGAGCAGGAAGUUGAGAGGCUGAGGAGAACUUUGCGGGAUCUGGAGGAGAGGAACCUGCGACUGCAGGGACAGCUUGAGGCCAACGUCAGAGCGCGGAAGAAGGCCGACGAUCAAGUUUCACAAUUGCUUGAUAUUGUAGACCGGAUUUACGCCGAAUGGAACAAGUUGCCGAUGGAACAGAUACAGGAGUGGACCCUGCAAACUGCGGAAAUCACAAGUGCCGCGCGGCCUCGCUGAUCUGUCACCCUUUUCCUAGAAAGUUCCUGUCCCCCGUAUGUAUGGUCGUAUCUAUCUGCAUUGUAUACCACUGUAUUUGUGCUGCCCAUUUGUAUUCCAGCGCCUACUAUCCCC